AUUUCUACUUGUUUCACAAAUAAUUAUUUACUGUUGUUUAAGUGAUUGCCAAUUAACAAAAAAGCGAAAUUAUUAUAUGCUGCCCAAUGUGUAUACAUUUUGUGAAGCUAACAGAUUUUGUUAUGAACAAGGAUUGUCAGUCGGUAAACGUUUAAAACUACCAGUGUCUAAAGAUCUACCAUAUAUUCUUGGAAAUACAAAAUUGGAAACAUUUUGGUUAGAAUAUAAUGCAUUAUUUACACCACGUAUGAAUGAUUCAGUCAGAUGGCAAUAUCACAGUUCAUCAGUCGAAAUAGCUGAUCUCCAACAAACGAAAAAUAUAAAUUUCCCAUUAUCUGGCAGUGAAAAUGGACCUUAUUGUAUGAUUCACACUGAAGGAAGCAUACUGAAAGGAGUUCACUGUAAUAGUGUUAACCAUGUUAUUUGCAUUGAAGCGAACAUACAUGUCAAACAUUUGUCAGGCAUUGAUUCAUCAAUUUUAUUGAAGAAAUUCACCAUUGAGCAAGAGGUUAAGUCAACCUAUGUGUCAAUGCAUAAUCAGACAGAUGGCUGUUAUGAACUGUCCACAAAACAAUGUUUAUAUAGUUGCAUUUUACAGUGGGUUUCAACUAAAUAA